UCCCGGCCAAGAUGGCGGCCUCCGUCUUGAGGUUAGCAAGCCGGCGCUGCCUCUGCCUACGCCUCAGCCCGGGGUCCUCCAUGCCACAUGUGGUCCCCAUGGGGACGACGGCGAAGGAAGAAAUGGCUAAGUUUUGGGAGAAGAACACCAAAUCUCAGCGGCCCUUGUCCCCGCAUAUCAGCAUUUACGAGUGGACCCUGCCGAUGUCAAUGUCCAUCAUUCACCGCGGGACCGGUGUGGGAAUGAGUUUCGGUGUAUCGCUCUUCGCCUUAAGUGCCUUGGCUCUUCCUGGACACUUUUCCGACUACCUGGACCUGAUCAAGUCACUCAGCCUGGCGCCCGCUCUGAUCUAUUCAGCCAAGUUCGCUUUGUCCCUACCUGUCACCUACCACACCUGGAACGGGAUUCGGCAUCUGGCCUGGGACCUGGGCGUAGGUUUCAAGAUACCCCAGUUGUACCAGUCUGGAGCUCUAGUCCUCGUCCUGACGGUUCUCUCUUCCCUUGGGAUCGCAGCCAUGUGAAGAGGACAAGAGGCACACCUCCCUGCUUGCUCCCCAACUUUCUAACUUUUGCGCCCUUCUGCACCCACAAAGUUGGCUCCGUCGGGACUUCCGCCCCGCUUGUUCACUAGGAAAAUAACAGGUGAGGUGCAGAAGGGCUGAAAUCAACAAAAUUCACAUUAUUACAUGUUGUAAUCACAAAAGGAUCCCUCCUUGUAGGGAUUUCUCUCCUUUUAUUAUUA